AGGGCGAGGGCGGGAGCGCCGUGCCUAACAGGUGCUUUCUCUGCUUGCAGGAGCUUGAUGCCCAGGACGCUGGGGACCCAGAUCACCAUGGAGAAGACCCCCAGCUACUUCGUGACCAGGGAAGCGCCGCGGCGCAUCUUCACCAUGUCGCGGGACACCAAGCUGAUCGUGGUGGUGCGCAACCCCGUCACGCGGGCCAUCUCGGACUACACGCAGACGCUGUCCAAGAAGCCCGACAUCCCCACCUUCGAGGGGCUGUCUUUCCGCAACCGCAGCCUGGGGCUGGUGGACACCUCGUGGAGCGCCAUCCGCAUCGGCAUGUACGUGCUGCACCUGGAGACCUGGCUCCAGUACUUCCCCCUGUCCCAGAUCCACUUCGUCAGCGGGGAACGGCUCAUCACCGACCCCGCCGGGGAGAUGGGCAAGGUCCAGGACUUCCUGGGCCUCAAGCGGGUCAUCACGGACCAGCACUUCUACUUCAACAAGACCAAAGGGUUCCCCUGCCUGAAGAAGACGGAGAGCAGCAGCUCGCCACGCUGCCUGGGCAAGUCCAAGGGGAGAACUCACGUGCAGAUCGACCCCGAGGUCAUCGAGCAGCUCCGGGAUUUCUACCGGCCCUACAACGUCCGGUUUUAUGAGACCGUCGGCCAGGACUUCCGCUGGGAGUGAGCACCUGGGCACGGGG